AUGUCUAACUUGACCACCUCUGUGACUGAAUUUCUCCUUAUGGAGUUUUCUGACACCAGAGAACUGCAAAUCUUAUAUUCUUUGCUUUUCUUUCUCACUUACUCAGCAGGCCUGAUGGGGAAUCUCCUCAUUAUCAUCAUCACCACUAUUGACAGGAGACUCCACACCCCCAUGUACUUUUUCAUUAGGAAUCUGUCCAUUGUGGAUGCCUGCUUCAUAUCAGUAACUGUUCCCCCCGCAUCCAUUAAUGCUCUAGUAAACAACAGGAUUAUUUCAGUUAGAGGUUGUGCAGCUCAAAUAUUCUUGGUGACUUUCAUGGCCUUUGUUGAGUUUACUUUACUCACUGUCAUGGCCCGUGAUCGCUAUGUUGCCAUCUGCCAACCACUCCACUAUCCUGUGAUCAUGAAUCCUCGUGUCUGUAUACAGAUGACCUUAACCUGCUUGUUCACUGGCCUUUUGUAUGCAAGUUUCCAUACUGGUUACACAUUUCAAAUGUCUUUCUGCCAAUCUAAUGUGAUCAAUCAGUUCUUCUGUGAUAUCCCCUCUCUUCUCAAGAUCUCUUGUUCAGAAACAUUCAGCCAUACAUUAUCCUUACUUGCUUCUGCUCUGGUGAUUGGGGUUGCCUGCUUUGCCUUCAUUACUGCCUCUUAUAUUCGCAUAUUUUCCACUGUGCUCAGAUUUCCAGUCAAAGAAGAUCAAAGGAAAGCCUUCUCUACCUGUAUCCCUCAUAUCAUUGUGGUUUCCCUGUUCCUUAUUUCAGGCUAUUAUGUGUACCUACAAUCACCUUCAGAUUCUGGGUCCAUUAAAGAUACAAUCCUUUCAAUAUUCUAUUCUAUAAUACCUCCCUUUCUGAACCCCAUUAUAUACAGUCUAAGGAAUAAACAGAUAAAAGAGGCUGCAAAGAUAAUAAUGAGGAGAAAGUGUUUGUUAAGGAAUAAAGCAUAAAGUGCAUUUCUUUCCCAAUG